AUGGCCGAUCAAUUCAAAGCUCGUACGCUGAAACGCAAAAAUGUCAAGGGCCUUGCCUUGAGUUCGACCCCCAAACCGGCGGAGAACCCUUCCGACGGAGAUGCCCAGAUCCCCGGCGGCAUUGGCAAUACCGACAGCAACCGGACGGACACACUGGAAAUCGGCUUGGAGUUCCGAUUAGACCUUCGCAGUGAAGACUUGGUCACCCUCAAGGAAUUGGGCGCGGGAAAUGGCGGUACCGUCUCGAAGGUCAUGCAUGCAUCGACCAAGGUCGUAAUGGCUAGGAAGAUUAUCCGCGUCGAUGCUAAGGAGAAGGUGCGCAAGCAAAUCUUACGGGAGUUGCAGGUCGGACACGACUGCAACUCCCCGAACAUCGUGACUUUCUACGGAGCGUUCCAGAACGAGGCGAGAGACAUCGUGCUCUGCAUGGAAUAUAUGGACUGCGGCUCUCUGGAUCGUAUCUCCAAAGACUUUGGCCCGGUGCGGGUUGAUGUGCUGGGCAAGAUCACCGAGUCGGUUCUUGCCGGUCUGGUGUAUCUCUACGAGGCCCACCGCAUCAUGCAUCGCGAUAUCAAGCCGUCUAACAUCCUAGUCAACUCGCGAGGUAAUAUCAAGCUCUGCGACUUUGGCGUGGCCACCGAGACGGUGAAUUCGAUAGCCGAUACGUUCGUCGGAACCUCGACAUACAUGGCCCCGGAGCGGAUUCAAGGCGGCGCGUAUACCGUGCGAUCGGAUGUCUGGAGUGUAGGAUUGACGGUAAUGGAAUUGGCCGUGGGCCGGUUUCCCUUCGAUGCGUCCGACUCGUCUGCUGGGGACCGGGCUAGUGCUGGACCGAUGGGUAUUUUGGAUCUCUUGCAGCAGAUCGUUCACGAGCCCGCCCCCAAACUGCCCAAGAGUGACGCCUUCCCUCCGAUCCUCCAUGAAUUUGCCGCAAAGUGCUUGCUUAAGAAACCGGAAGAGCGGCCGACGCCUCGGGAAUUAUAUGACAAGGACGCUUUCCUGCAAGCGGCUAAACGUACACCCGUCGAUCUCCAAGAAUGGGCCAUCAGCAUGAUGGAGCGACACAAUCGGAAAUCCUAUCUGGCUCCUCCCCCGCCAAAGUCCCUCAGGGAAGAUCCCUCGCAUCCCAGUCCGGCACAGAAACCGACGACUGCCAACCCGUCUCGCACCCCGCAAUACCCUCCCACCUCCGGAGAAACCACCGUGAACGUGUCCCGUGAGACUCCCUCGUCCCAUUCGCGCCACGUCCAGUACCCCUCGAACCCAUCUCCGCAACCCGUCCGAUCAACCCGUUCUCCCCCGCUGUCUCUGGAGCAUUUAUCCUUGGAAACCAAGGAAGACGGAUAUCGCUCUGGUCGUCGUCCUUCGCGGGCGCACCCCGAGGACCCUGUGUCUGCCGUGGACUCACCAUUCCGGCCGCCCAUGGCCUCUCGAUCGGCCAGCUCUCACAAUUCGAAGUCUCGAAUGCCCCUCCAGUCCUCGACACUCCCCGUGCGUGCCGCUCCACCACCGAGUGGCCCUCCACCACCAGUUCCCGCGCCAGGAGCUGGAUCGCGGCAACGUCUGCCCAAUCCGAUACGCGGUGACCAUAUGACUGGGGCCGUAUAA